AACAAGAACCAUUUCGACCUGAGACUGAGAGCGCAGCGCAGGAAGGGGAGAGCGGAGAAGCGACGCGAACCCUCAAACCCUAGCCCCGCACGCGACGCCCGGGACCGGGACCUCCGCCGCCGUCCCCGCUUCGCGCCAUGGCCGAUCCCCCGCGCAGGAGGUACUCAAGGUCCCCUUCUCCUUACAGGGGGCGCCCAAAAGCAAGGUCAAGAUCACAAUCUCCAGCUCGAUCCCAGUCUAGGUCUCCUUUACCUGAUCCUAGAUCUCAGGCGAGAUCAAGAUCUAGAAGCCAUGAAAGGGAGGAGGAGGCUGUAAACCAUGGAAAUACUCUGUAUGUGACUGGACUCUCUUCUAGGGUGACUGAAAGGGAAAUUAAAGAUUUUUUCUCGAAGGAAGGAAAGGUGGUUGGUUGCCAUGUUGUUCUUGAACCCCAUACACGUGUUUCUCGCGGAUUUGCCUUUGUCACCAUGGACACUGUUGAAGAUGCAGAACGUUGCAUCAAGUAUCUUAACGAUUCUGUAAUGGAAGGCCGAAACAUCACAGUUGAAAAGUCACGCCGUGGUCGCCCAAGGACACCAACUCCUGGAAGCUAUCUUGGUCAUCGGUAUGAGCGUAGAGACCGUGGGAGAUACCGCAGGGGCUAUGGUGGUCGUGAUGAGUAUUAUGGCAAUGGCUACCGCAGAUCACCACCUCCCAUGUACCCUCCCUACAGGGAUACUCGGGACUACCCUCCCUACAGGGAUACUCGGGACUACCCUCCCCACCGGGAUCCCCGAGACUACUAUGAAAGCAGGGGUGGGCGGGGGUACUCCCCCCCUUAUGGUGGUAGGGCAAGAAGGGAGCGAUCAAUUUCACCGUAUCGGAUGCCAGAAAGGGGCUACAGCGGCAGCCGCCGAGCGGGUGGCGGUGGCUAUGACAGGUGAGGUCUGCUCCCGUAUUUCAGUCGACAGUGGAUGGUCAAGAUGGAUGGCAUGAUGUUGUGAUGGUCCUCCAUGAAUGGUAGGUUGGUGUAGCUGUGCUUCUGGACUGGUUUCUCUGUGGAUUUUAAAAAAAUUGUAUGAGCACCUUGUUUGUAGCUUGGAAUGAUUGUAAGAAUGACUGGGGACUUGUUCCAUUCGGCA